GACCUGCUCCCAUCGCUGGGCUCGCAGCAGCCUUGGCGGCCGCUGCCAAAGCCCAGCUCCCGACUUGGCGGCCUCCGGGGUGUGGCCGGCCACCGGGGACCCCGCCAUCCCCAUCUGGAGCCCCCCACAUCGCCCCUCCGGACCCCCACAUCACCGCAGGGAGCCAGGCCCUGCUCCCUCGCUGGCCAGUGAGUACCCCGGGGCAGCCCGGCCUCACCGGAGGGCUCGGGGCGCUGUGGGCAUGGGAGCGACCGGGCUAAGGUGGGCCGGUGGGAGAGGAUGGAGCUGGGGGUGCGGACGAGGGAGGAUGGAGCAGACACGGUCAGGUGGCGGGGGGCGAGGGCAGGCCUGGGGGGACCCCGGUGGGUGCUGGGAAUGGGGAUCUUGCCCCGGGAGAGAGGUGGGGAGGGUGUCCCUGGCACCGGGCUCAGCUCGUGGUGGCAGGGGGCUGCCGGGGGGCCGUGGAGCAGCACCUCUGCUCUGCCCACCACCAGCCAAGACGGGCUGGACAAGGUCAGCACGACUGGGGGGGCCUUUUCUGCCUGGAAUCCCGGUGGGAUGCUUGGAGGAGCGACCCUGGCCCGGGGGGCACGGGGAGGCUGUGGGUGCCCCGGAGGCCACGCCGGGCUGCAGCAGUGGCGCUCCCCCGGCGGGGCGUGCGGCCGGCACGGCUCCCCCCCUCUGCUCUUCCUCGCAGGCGGCUGGUGACGGCCCGACGCCGGCCCCGCCGGUGCCCCCGGAGGGGUUGGCGUUGCCCCCCGGAUGCCGCCGGGAUGUCGGGAACGUCGCCGUGACCGCCGCCAGCCCGGCCCCUCGGCCGGCCGCCGGCAGCCCUCGGCGUGAGCGGGCGGGCGGGAUGGCCCCCGGCGGUGCCCCGUGAGGGCCGCGGCCACGAGGCCAUGCUGCUGGGCCCCUGGCUGCUGGCGGCGGCGGCGGCGGUGGCGGCGGCGGGCGCGGGCUGCCCGGUGCUGUGCAGCUGCCGCGGGCAGGCCGUGGACUGCAGCGGGCAGCGGCUCUUCUCCGUGCCCCCCGAGCUGCCGCUGGACACCGGCAACCUGAGCCUGGCCCACAACCGCAUCGCCAGCAUCCCGCCGGGCUACCUGGGCUGCUACGGGCAGCUGCGCGCCCUCGACCUGCGCAACAACUCUCUGGCGGCGCUGCCGGCCGGGCUGUUCCGCGGCGCCCGGCGCCUGGCGCACCUGGACCUGAGCUACAACAACUUCAGCCUGGUGCCCGCCGACAUGUUCCGCGAGGCCAGCGCGCUGCUGCGCCUCGACCUCAGCCACAACCCGGGGCUGCGCCGCGUCCACCCGCAGGCCUUCCGCGGCCUGGCCCAGCUGCGGGAGCUGGACCUCAGCUACGGCGGCCUGGCCGCCCUCAGCCUCGACGCCCUGGAGGGGCUGCCCGGCCUCGUGGGGCUGCGCCUGGGGGGCAACCCCUGGCUCUGCGGCUGCGCUAUGGAGCCGCUCCUCAAGUGGCUGCGGGGCCGCAUCCAGCGCUGCUCCUCGGAUUCGCAGCAGGCCGAGUGCUGGGCUCCCCCCGAGGUGGCGGGGGCCCCGCUGCUGUCGCUGACGGAGGAGAGCUUCCAGGCCUGCCACCUGACGCUGACCCUCGACGACUAUCUCUUCAUCGCCUUCGUCGGCUUCGUCGUCUCCAUCGCCUCGGUGGCCACCAACUUCCUGCUGGGCAUCACGGCCAACUGCUGCCACCGCUGGAGCAAGGCCAGCGAGGACGAGGACGUUUAGGGACCGCCGCUGCCACCGCCGCCGAUUGACCCCCGCCCCGGCCACCCCCCGGCCCGGCCGCCCCCGCGGGGACACCAGACUGUGCCUUGUCCGCGUCCCCUCCUGCCGCCCCCCGUGCCGGGGUGGCCCUCGAGGCGCCGGGGACACCAGGGGACAGCCCUGCUCCCUUCUGCCCCAAAGUGGGGAGUUUUUGCACCCCCCAUCACCGUGAGCUUGGACCCCCUCCUGUGCUGUUCCCACUGCCCAGGACUGGUUGAGGCAGCGAUUUGGGAAUCCCUUGGGAACCCCCUCACCUCUGCCUGGGAGAAACAGAGGACAAAGUGUGUGUGUCUUGGGAACCACAGCCACUCUCCUGGGGGCAUCGAGGAAAUCCCUGCUUUCAGCCCCAAAGCAGCACCGCUGGAGCCCCCCAGAUCCUGCACAUACUCUCCAGCCUCCCCAAAAAUCCAGGGGGCCAGGAAGCGUUGCUGACACCCAGCUCGUCACCACCGUUCCAGGGCAUGCCUGCACCUUGCUGGUGACAUCGGGAUGUGCUGGAACAGCACCGGGACCACCAAGCCUGGCAGUGGGAUGGGCUCUGACAUUUCCAGGGCAUGGGCUCUCCCAAGGAUGGCACCUUCCAGGGACUGCAUCUCCCAGAGAUGACAUCUGCCUCCUCUUCGGGGCCAACCCGGGCACCAGCACUGCCCACCCUGGGGGAGGUUUGGGAGUGGAAGGAGCUCUAAAAAGGGGCAAAACAAGAAAAAAAAAAAAGCAAAAAGCAGAAAGCCAACGACCCUCUGUCCAGCCGGGACAGCCAUGUCCCCAGUGCCUGUGUCACCUGUCCCUGGUGUCUGUGUCACCCUGUCACUGUGGGAGCGCAUCAGUGGGGAGCGGGGCUGGGGUCACCUGAGGGCUGCUUUGUCCCUUCCCCUGUCCCCCAUGGAGGCUGAGUGCAUGGGGAGGGGUUUGGUUUAACCCCAGCCCACCCCAAAAGGGCUCCUGCUGCACCCCAGCCUCAGCACUGCCCCCAGGAAAGGGAACUUGGCCUCUGCCUUCUCUGUUUUGCCUGGGGUUUUAUUAUUUUCCUUUCAAUGAGUCCAAGAACUCCCCUGCUCCACACCCCCUGCACCCCCACAACUCCUGCACCCUAGGGCAUGGAGCAUCCACCUGCAUCCCACCAGCUCCUUCCUCUGCCUCACCUCAUCCUUUUCUUUUUGUAUUUAUAUUUAUGUUUUAGUUUCCUUCUAUUUUUUUUUCACCUUGUCUUUUGAUUUGCUUGUUUCUCUAUUCCUUUCCUUUCCUUUCCUUUCCUUUCCUUUCCUUUCCUUUCCUUUCCUUUCCUUUCCUUUCCUUUCCUUUCCUUUC